AUGUCCGCCCAGCUCAGCAUUCUCGUCGUCGGAGCGACCGGCAAACAAGGUGGCCAAGCGGUUUCAACUCUUCUAGAGGAGAAGGCCAGCAAUCUCUCCAUCAAAUUCUUAACUCGUAAUUCGACAUCAGAAAAGGCUCAACAACUUACAGAUAAAGGUUUAGAGGCCGUCGAAGGUAGCUUGGAAGACAAGAACACACUGAAAACAGCUUUGACAGGUGUUCAGAGAGCAUUCUUAGUCACAGAUGCCGGAGCAGGUGAAGAAAAGGAAACGCAACAAGGAAUCAAUUUCAUUGAAGCUGCCAAACUAGCUGGAGUUGAGCAUCUAGUCUUCACGAGCGUAGCUUCUGCAGACGAUGCAAAUAAUGUACCCCACUUCCGAUCUAAGGCUAAGGUCGAGGAGGCUCUUAAGGCUUCCGGUCUACCAUAUACUAUCCUUAGACCUGUCGCUUUCAUGGAUAAUUUCCCUCCAACUGCAGGAUUCGCACGUUUCAUGGUAGUUGGGAUGUUUUACGCUUCAUUGAGAUGGAAGAAGUGUCAGCUUAUAGCUACGGAAGAUAUAGGAGUGUUUGCUGGUAAAGCCCUUCUCAACCCUGAGAGUGACAAGUUCAAGAACAGAGUCAUCGAAUUAUCGGGUGGGAAUUACGAUCUCGAGGACGUGAGACAAGCGAUAUUCAAGACUCAAGGUUAUCAACCCUGGCUCGCAUCCUACACUCCGACUCCAAUUCGGGCAAUACUGCCUUAUGACUUUAGACAGAUGAUGUAUUAUCUCGAAGAGACCGGAUAUAGCAACGUGGAUACUGUUGCACUUCGAUCGAUUCAUCCUGGACUCAUGAGUCUGGAAGAUUGGUUUCGAAAGAAUGGGAAUUAA